AUGAAUCAAAUUGAUUGUCAAUAUACAAGUAUCGUUCAUGAUUUAAUCGAUAAUGAUAUAGUAUAUUUAAAAAAUGUUCGUCGAUCAUCAUUUUCUACUCUUAUUAAGCAAAUUCGUUCCAAAGGUCAACAUAAUGUUAUCAUAGCAAAAGAUGGAUCUAUAGAUUUAAUCUAUGAUGGUGCUUGUCUUCAUCAUUAUGAUUGUUUACUUAAAAGAAAAGAUUUUUUAUCAAAUUUAUUUUAUAAAAAUUUUCAGGUCACAAGAAAUUUUCCACAAUUCAUGUUAAAUGCAAUUAAAACUAAUAAUGAUCAACAUCUAAUGAAAAUUUUAAUUGAAAUGACAUUUCUAACACAUUCAUCAUUAGUAACAAAGUUAUUGAAUGAAUUACUUCAACAAAUAUCAACAAAAAGUACAACUAAGUUAAAUAAAUAUCAAUUUGAAAUUCCAUAA